AUGUCGGCUCCCGAGAGAAAAGACAACAUCUUUGCCCAUUGGAAAUGCCUUGCCGCAUGUACCUUGGUCAGCAUGUGCCCAUUCCAGUAUGGCACUGACUUUGGUAUCAUCGGUGGUCUUCAGGCCAUGAAGGGGUUCCUUGAGAUCUUUGGCGAAAAGGACCCGACCUCGCCAAUUGGCUGGAACCUCAACUACACCCGCCAACAGCUCAUCGCCUCCCUCAUGAUCCUCGGAGCAUUCAUCAGUUCCAUCUUUGGAGGGCCUAUCGCCAAAUACCUGGGGCGCAAAAUGUCUCUCUGGAGUGCGUGCGCACUGUGCUACGUUGCCAAUAUCAUCAUGAUGACUACCACAAGCAUCGGAGCCCUCUACUUUGCUCGUCUGCUGAUUGGUCUCGCCAAUGGCAUGUUCCUCACGUUUGGCCAGCUGUACCUGCAAGAGUGUGCCCCUGCAAAGUAUCGAGGACUUGUCAUCAGCUUGUUCCAGACAUGGACUUCCAUUGGCUCUCUGGUAGGCACAGUUGUCGACAACUUCACCGUCAAGCUGGCAGGCAAGCAAGCCUACAUCGUGCCCCUAGGCAUCAUCUACAUCAUUCCUGGUAUCUUGAGCGUCGGCAUGCUCUUCAUUCCCGAAUCUCCCCGCUGGUACCUCCUUCAUGAUCAACCCGAAAAGGCUCGCAAAGCGCUCAUGUGGCUCCGACCAUUCCCUGAAAGAGUGGAUGCUGAGAUCCAGGGUAUUCAAGAUGCCAUUGAGGCCGAACGAGCCCUGUCCAAGAGCGCCGAUGUCCUCGAUAUGUUCCGCAAUCCUGUCGACCGACGACGGACGUACCUCGCUUGCGCUGCCAUCAGUCUUCAAGCUGCAUCUGGAGCCAUGUACAUGAUUUCCUAUGGAACAUACUUCUUCGAAAUGGCUGCGGUUGGCUCGCCCUUCGAGAACGCCUGCAUUCUCACAGGCGUCGGUGUCGCUGCAAUCAUGAUCAACAGCGCCGUCAUCACUCGCUGGGGACGUAGACGUUUCUUCCUUACCACCGGCAUGGUUCUUUGCGGUGUUUCACAGCUCAUUGUGGCGAUUGUCUACGACAAACUCGGUCCCGGUACAUCUACUGGAAAGGUCAUUGUUGGUGUCUCCGUGGUGUAUUUGAUCGGCUACAACGGCAUGGUCGCAUCCUACGCGUGGCUUUGCGGUGGUGAAUUCCCCUCGCAGCGUCUUCGAAGCUACACAUUCGGUCUUGCUACGUCGAUCGGCUUCUUGGGCGCCUGGCUCGCGACAUUCACCGCCCCCUACUUUAUCAACUCGACCGCCUUGAACUGGGGACCCAAGUAUGGCUACAUCUGGACUCCAUCGUGCUUGAUCGCCGCUUUGUGGACAUACUUCUUCCUUCCGGAGACGCACGGUCGCACCUUUGAGGAGAUUGACGAGAUGUUCGAGGCACGUGUUCCGGCACGCAAGUUCAGCAAGUACCAAUGCGUCGGAUCUGUGGCUGCUGCGGCUGCUGCUGCUCGCGAGUCCGAGAAGGAGGCGCACCAUGGCAAGGUCAGCCACGAUGAGGUGGUCUAUUCGAAUGAGAAGGCUGCCGCAGAAAUUGCUGUGGCUAUCAGCUAG